AUCCUGCGAAAUACAGCUUUUUAAACUCCUGCUUCAACCUGCUGUCGGAAGGGAAAGGAGCAAAGAAAAAGUCCAAAUGGAGCCCAAAAAGAAGUUGAUCAACUCUGCAGACGGCUGUGUGGACGAGGCUCUCGUUGGCCUGGCGAGGGCCAGCGGGGGCCUCUCUCUGCUGAAGGGCCACAGGGUCGUGCUCCGCUCCGACCUGGACGACCUGAGGGGCAAAGUGGCCCUGCUGUCCGGAGGGGGGUCAGGACACGAGCCGGCACACGGGGGUUAUGUAGGAGCAGGUUUGCUGUCAGCAGCUGUAGCAGGUGGAGUUUUUGCAUCUCCUCCUCCUGCCAGCAUCCUGGCUGCUAUUCUCUCCUUGCACAAUGCAGGAGCCUCGGGCGUCCUCCUCAUUGUGAAGAACUACACCGGCGACCGCCUCAACUUUGGAUUGGCCGCGGAGCAGGCCCGCAACCACGGCGUCAGCGUCGACAUGGUGAUAGUGGCGGACGACUGCGCCUUCAACCAGCCCAGUAAAGCCGGGAGGCGGGGCCUGUGUGGCACCAUCUUCAUACACAAACUCGCGGGGGCCUUAGCAGAAGAAGGCUGCUCAUUGGAGCAGAUCGUCUCCAAGGUGACGGAGGUUUUGAAGGGGAUUGGUACACUGGGCGUGAGUCUGUCUCCCUGCAGCGUCCCGGGCUGCCUGCCUUCUUUCGAGCUGCCGCCCGGAGAGAUGGAGCUCGGACUGGGAAUCCAUGGUGAACCCGGGAUCAAAAGAUCACAGGUGGCUUCAGCAGAUGAGAUUGUAAAGACGAUGAUUGACCACAUUACCAACCCUGACAGCCAAUCACAUCUGUCCGUUAACUCAGGUUCCUCUAAGUAUAAAGUAUCAUGUCUCCAUUUAAAACAUUUAUCAAGUUUAACUCAAAUAUCUUGUAUUCAAACUCUGUCUUUCUUCUCGCUUACAGGAGACAGCGUUGUGGUGUGCGUGAACAACCUCGGCGCUCUGUCUUGUCUGGAGAUGGCGGUGGUUACCAGGGCGACCAUCAUCUGUCUGGAGAGUCGUGGUGUAGUUGUUGCCAGGGUGAUGUCCGGGUCGUUCAUGACAUCACUGGAGAUGGCGGGCGUGUCACUGACACUGAUGAAGGCCAACCAGGAAACACUGAGACUGUUUGAUGCUAAGACCGCCGCCCCGGCCUGGCCAAAUCUGAGCAGUGUGAGUGUUAGCGGACGCAGCUACAUGAUCGAACCUCAAGCCAUGAGCACACGACCACAGGACGGCACUUAUUCUGAAGGGCCGCUGAGUCCUGUGAUGCGUAAAGUGCUGGAGCGGGUUUGCUCCACGCUCUUGGGAAAGCAGGAGGAGCUGAACUCCCUGGACCGAGCUGCUGGAGACGGCGACUGUGGAAACACUCACGCACAAGCCGCUAAAGCCAUUCAGGAGUGGCUCCGGGAUCAUGUGGUCCCUGGUUGCCCGGGACAACUGUUAUCUGUCCUGGCUGGACUGGUGCAGGAGAAGAUGGGCGGGUCUUCAGGAGCGUUGUACAGUCUGUUCCUGACUGCAGCAGCUGGUCAUGUGACCGUGGGGCGGAGCAACGCCGCAGCCUGGGCUAAUGCAAUGCAUGCUGGGACACAGGCCAUGAAGAGAUACGGAGGAGCCGACGCUGGAGACAGAACAAUGUUGGACGCUCUGUGUCCUGCUGUGGACGAGCUGAUGAAGCUGACCAAAGCGCCCCCUGGUGGCGAGAUGGCCGUACUACAGAAUGCGGUGGAAAAAGCGUCCUCAGGGGCAGAGUCCACCCGCGGCCUGACAGCGAGGGCGGGGCGAGCCAGCUACAUCGCUGCUGAGCGGGUCACCCUGCCCGACCCCGGCGCUGUGGCUGUAGCCGCCAUCUUGAAAGUAGUGCUGGAGUCACUCAAGGGAUAGAAAUAGUCCAACAAGCAGAACCUGAAUAUUACAGUCUUACUCUAUCACAACACCAUUAUGGCUCAGAUUUUAGACUGAUUUUAC